CUCUCCUCCUCGUUCAAGGCUUCUGUCUCCCCGUCUCCCCUCUGCCAACUCCUCUUCUCAUCACUCACCCCUCCAGGCCACGAUGUCGGCCCAGGACAGCUGCCUCAGCCUCAUCAAGUACCUCCUCUUCGUUUUCAACCUCUUCUUUUUCGUCCUAGGCAGCCUGAUUUUCUGCUUCGGUAUCUGGAUACUCGUGGACAAGACCAGCUUCGUGUCAUUUGUGGGCUUGUCCUUCAUGCCCCUGCAGAUCUGGUCCAAGGCGCUGGCCAUCUCAGGGGUCCUCACCAUGGGCCUGGCCCUGCUGGGCUGCGUGGGGGCCCUAAAGGAGCUGCGCUGCCUCCUGGGCCUGUAUUUUGGGAUGCUGCUGCUCCUGUUUGUCACCCAGAUCACCCUGGGGAUCCUCAUCUCCACUCAGAAGAUCCGGCUGGAGCGGAAGGUGAAGGAGCUCGUGCAGGAGACGAUCCAAAACUACCGCUCGGACCCGGAGAAGUCCGCGGCGGAGGAGAGCUGGGAAUACGUGCUCUCCCAGCUGCGCUGCUGCGGCUGGAACUCUCCCCAGGACUGGUUCCGGGUGCCCAGCUUGGGAGGCUGCGCGCGGAGCCUGCAGAAGUGGUUGCACAACAACCUCAUCUCCGUAGUGGGCAUCUGCCUGGGCGUCGGUCUACUCGAGGCCCCGCCGGCCAAGCUGCCCAUGGCCCUGGGGCCCUGGCCGCUUUGGGAUCAAGACGAGAAACAGCCUGAGACCGGGAGCGCGGGCGCAGAGGCGGAGACAGGGGAGCCCCCAGAAUAA